UUGGACGAUUCCACUCGUGAGAAGAGGCGGCGCUAAGUACACACCGGUUACGAAAGUGGAAGAGCCUGGCGCGAAGCCACACCACCGCCGUGCGGAAAUCGGCCAGACCAUGUGGGUUUCAUCAACAAAUUUUCCGAACAUGACUAGCGCGGAGAGGUUCCUGCGCCAAGGAGUUUAAGAAGCGGCAAGUGAGCGUGCGUGCGGGGGAGGCAGUCAUUCAGAGUCCGGGCUCACUCGCUGUGCUUAGCUGCGUGAGUGUGUGUCAAGUGUUCUGCAGACUAACGUUACGUGUGGGUUGUACGGACAUAGACCAGUACCCAUGGCGCGUGUUUGGGCGGUUCUGUUUCUGACGUUGGCGGCGGCGGUCCACGGCGGCCUGGCAUGUACGUGUAUGCCGGCGCAUCCACAGACCAUCUACUGUAAUGCAGGAGUCGCUGUUCGUGGUAAGAUCGUGAAGGUUGAGGAGAUCGGCUAUGUUCGUCCGACGCCGAACGUCACGACGGGAGAGAAGGAAGAAGAAGAAGAAGAGUACCUGGACCCUUCCAUGAACGAAAUCCCUCUGGAGAUGAGGGCUAUGGCGGAGGAAGCCUACGUCAUCGAGUGGGUCCGUUACACCUUGCGAGUCACAAAGGUGUUCAAGGGUAAGGAGAAACUGGAGUUCAUCAACAAGAAGAACAACCUGGUGUACAUCUACACCAUGCCAGAUGGCGCAGCGUGCGGCAUCAAACUCAACCCCAAGCAACACUACCUCCUGACAGGGCACGUUCACGAGGCAGAUUUCAGGUGGCGCGUGCGGGUGGAACGUGGAGUGGUCCCAGGUCACCGUGAAGCAGCGCCGCGGGCUCAAGUACAUGUACAACAAACACUGCGACCACUGCUCGAUCCAGACGUGUUUCUUCGGCGGUUACGGCUGUGACACGACCAGCCCCAAGACCUGCGUGUGGAAGGGUCUGUUGGACGGCUGGCCCUACGACUGUCACACCGUGCACUCCGCCUGCAUACGCAAGCGUCACGGCAGCUGCGAGUGGUUCCACCCGCCGUCUCUCAGGAAAUGUGAGGAGAGAGCGUUCCCCGUGGCGCGGGAAGGCUUCCACGAGCCGGCGGAGGGCUACCCCGACAGCGACCCGGGCGAGGAGGACCCCUUCUCGCAACACCCGGAGGAGGGACUACCCGAGCUGGAGGACGACGACUUCCCUACCUUUUCCCCAGAUUUCCCCGACCAUCUCUUCCCAUGAUGCAGCUGGCUGAACUUUGAACUUUCUCUCAACUCAGUUGCGCAGACGGUCUCGAUAUCCUCUUAUAUCCCACAGAAGGGAAACACAAUUAACCCAGGUCACAAACAACGAGACGAGCGAAAUACUAGUAAUGUCUGUAUCUGAUGUUACGCAAAACUGCAGAACUGACUUUUCACAGUAACAAAGAAGUUGUACCUUUUGUAAAUAUUAUUUUAUUUUACGGUGCCGUGUGGCACUCGAUGCUAAUACCUAGCCUAGGUGGUACACAACGAUAUGGUAGGAUAUUUCAUUAGGAAGCGAGUCACUUUGUAAAGACUUCCCACGAACGGCUUUUCUACUAGAAGAAUGCUCACUGGAAGCCAGCGAGAUCCUGUAAUAUACGCUUAAGGGAGGGCGUUGACUGUUUUUAAAUAACGAGAGUAAUAAACUUAUUUUUAUG